AUGGCUUGUGUUGACGCCGACGGAUUAUUUACAACGAUAGAUGUUGGUGAAGUAGGGAGAAAUAGUGAUGGUGCUGUUUUUCGAACUUCAAAUCUCGGACGUGCUCUAAAUUUAGGUGUAUUACAGCUACCUCCCAGUAAACCAUUACCUUCAAGUAAUGAUGAAAAUGAUUUUCCUUUUUAUUUUGUAGCGGAUGAAGCUUUUCCCCUCACAAAAUAUAUAAUGAGACCUUAUCCAAAACGAAGUUUGGACAAUAAAAAAAGAGUUUUCAAUUAUCGACUUUCAAGAGGCCGUAAAAGUGUCGAGUGUGCGUUUGGUAUGUUAGUAUCCAAAUUUCGUUUAUUUGAAGGACCAAUUUGUUGUAAGGAAGAAACUAUAAAUUUCAUUAUAAAAGCUGCUUGUGUCCUUCACAAUUUUAUUCGAAUAAAACAAGGAAUAUUUACUCAUCCUAAACAGUUUGAAAUACAACAAGAAAAUCAUCAAAUUUCGAAUAUUCAAGUUCAACAAAAUCGAGUUCAACAAGUAAUAAGACCUUUAUCAGAGGCACAACAAAACAGGGAAAAAUUAUGUAAUUAUUUUAUGUCACCAGCCGGUUCUAUUCCAUAUCAAUGGAACACUAUAAUUUAAUUAAUUUAAUACCCAUAUCCGAUAAAUUAUAAUUAUUAUUAUUUUUUUU